AUGGCCGACGUCAUCGAUGAUGUGCAGGCCAUACCUCAGCAUUAUGAUGAGCUUAUGUGCGCUACGAGCACAAGUUUCUCGCCGAGAACGCAACAGUGGAUUGACACCAUGUUUGAAUCGUCCAUGCAAGAGACACCUUCUGCUUUCUUCGAGAUAUCUGACAUCGCUCUAGAUGGCAGUCGCAUCGAGGAGAUCAUUGACGAUAGCAUGAUGAGUGGCUUAGAUUCUUCUGCAUACCAUCCCGAUGCAGGAAGUUUCCACUUUCCUUCGUGUUCCCCUAACACUCUAAUCAAUACUUCAGUAGGCUGUGGCCCUGGCUCGGGUAUCACCGCUGCUGAUAACACAGUGCCCAGCGAUGCUGUCAUGUUACUGAAACACUAUCAAACGGCAGUACUCCAACUUUUGACACCUUUCAGGCAUAGCAAAACUCCGUGGCAUGUACUCUUCAUCCCCCAUGCCAAGAAUUGCCUUGCGGCCCUCACUCUUGGAGAGAGCAUAGAUUGUGCGAGUCUAUGUCUGUUCUACGGUAUACUUGCUAUCAGUGCUUUCAGUAUGGCCGGUCUAUCACAGUCUUCGAUAUGGCUUGAUCAAGCGAGGAGAUACAAACAACAGGCCCGGGAGUUUGGCAAAAGUAUGCUCAAGUCGGCAUAUAAUAUCCCCAAAAGAGCCAAGUAUAAAUCCAUCCUUAUGGCACUCCUCACGCUUGUCCAGGUGUCGAUGGUGACGGGCAAUCGCGACCAAACGGAAUGCUAUUUUCUGGAAGCAGAGAAGUUUAUACGACUCCGAGGACUCAACCGUAAGAAGUCAAGGAAGGUACGAUUGCUCCACCAUUGUUAUGCUUUCGAGAGGAUCCUACACGAGAGCACCUUCGUCGAGAGCAUAAACUCCAGUCAUCGACUGCAUGUUCGUGAGGCAGUCGAGACUAGUGGACUGGCUAUUUUCCAAGACAACAUGUCCUUCCGCCUUGGGACUUGGAGCGACCUCGAUCAAGACAUGAAGCGUGUGAAAGGUCAAGAAGAAGGAGAAAACGAUCUUCAUCUUGAAUAUCCAGGUGUCUGGUCCGCGACCCUCUAUCCUGAAAUCUUUGGCGUCCCGGAGACAUGGUUAUUCUUGAUAUCGCUCGUAAUCCGCCUCGCCCGCGAGAAAGACACAGCGCAACAAGCAGGAGCGUCAGACGAUCUCAGCGCAAAAGACUUCCUAGGCCGCGCUAAAGCAAUUGAAAGGUGCAUCAAACAGAUGCGACAGCCACGGAGUAUUGAUCAUUGCGCAGAUCCAGCUGUUGAGAACAUGCUUGAUGCUAUGAGGAAUGCUCUGUCAAUCUACUUCUACCGCAAGAUCUACGAUUUGGACCCGAGCCUACUUCAACAGAGAGUAGAGCGUGUACGCGACUGUCUCUUGAAAUGCAACCCCACGGACUCGAGUGCAGUCUACGGGUCUGCCAGACUAUUAUGGCCCGUACUCAUUGCAGCCUCAGAGGCUACCAAUCCGGAAGUCCAAGCUUCAUUCGCACUUUGGCUGAAGGGUGCUGCGGAACGAAGCGGCCUGCGCUUAUUCGGGGGGUACAUUGAACAACCUCGAGCGGAUCUGGAGAGAGAGGGACAUGUCUUUUGA